AUUAUGGAAAGGAACAGUUCUGUCCUUCAUAUUCUUGUCAAAUCCUCAGUUCAGUUGGGGUCUCUUCAGCAUUCAUUGUUUAUAGUUUCUUUCCUUUUCUCUUGUCCAUGGAAUCCAAUUUAAUAGAGUCCAACCGAAUCUUGCUCAAUAGAAUUACAAGUGACAGAAAACAGUAGCUACCUUUUCUGAGUCCUUUCUCGACAUCUGCUGAGCUGAGAGAGUUAAAAGAGCUGUAAAAGACUCAAGAUUUCUGCCCAAAGAAGAGAACCCACUUCUUCUUUUAUCACACAUGGGUUCUUAAAUCUUGUGACUGUGCAAUUUAAACUUUAGAGCAAACGUAAAAAGAAAGCUGUUCAAAUGGCUACUGGCGUAGAAGGCAAUGAAGGUGUACCAGCAAACCUGAGAAAGCAGCUUGCCGUGGCUGUGAGGAGUAUCCAAUGGAGCUACGCAAUUUUCUGGUCACUAUCAGCUACAAAACAAGGUGUACUACAAUGGGGUGAUGGCUACUACAAUGGUGACAUCAAGACCAGGAAGACAGUCCAAGCCGUGGAGCUUAAACCUGAUAAGAUCGGCUUACAGAGGAGUGAGCAAUUGAGAGAUCUUUACGAGUCCCUACUUGAAGGGGAAACUGAUGCACAAAACAAGCGGCCCUCUGCUGCAUUAUCUCCAGAGGAUCUCACAGAUGAAGAGUGGUAUUACUUGGUUUGCAUGUCCUUUGUAUUCAAUCCUGGCGAAGGUCUUCCGGGAAGAGCGCUAGCGGAUGGCCAAACAAUCUGGCUAUGUAAUGCUCAAUAUGCAGAUAGCAAAGUGUUUUCUCGCUCACUACUUGCAAAGAGUGCAUCUAUUCAGACUGUGGUAUGUUUUCCCUAUCUUGGAGGCGUGAUUGAGCUUGGUGUGACCGAGCUGGUACCGGAGGACCCUAGUCUGCUGCAACACAUCAAAGUUUCUUUACUAGAUUUCUCCAAGCCGAUUUGUUCUGAGAAAUCUUCCUCUAUACCACGCAAUGGAGAUGCUGAUAAUGAGCCUAUGUGUGCCAAGGUCGACUGUGACAUAGUGGAUGAGUUGGUUUUGGAGAACCUAUAUUCACCCGCUCAAGAAAUCAAAUUUGACCCGGAGAACAUAAGUGAAUUACAUGAAAGUAUCCCGAAAGAACUGGAUAUGGACUCUCCUGAUGAGUGUUCAAAUGGGUGUGAACACAAUUACCAAACCGAAGAUUCGUUUAUGGUCGACGGUAUGAACGGAGGGGCAUCACAAGUUCAAAGUUGGCAUUUUGUUGAUGAUGACUUCAGUAAUGGUGUUCAAGGUUCAAUAAAUUCUAGUGAUUGUAUAUCCGAAGCUAUUGUGAACCAAGACAAGUAUAUUUCAUCUCCAGGGCGAGAAAAUGGCAAGAAAGCCCACUUGGAAGAACUUCAAGAAUGCAACCACUCAAAAUUAAGCUCCCUGGAUCUUGGAGCUGAUGACAUCUCGCAUUACAGAAGAACAAUUUCUGCUGUUCUAAGGAACCCUGAUCAAUUGCCUGAGACACGGUGUAUCUGCAGCUGUGGAUGCAAAUCCAGCUUUGUGAGGUGGAGGGUGGUUGAGACUCAUAAAGCGCGAGCACACCAGGAAACUCUGAAGAAGAUUUUGUUCAAAGUUCCACUGAUGCACCGUGGUCAAGCUCUUAAAUCUGAGCAAGAGAAUGGUGCGAAAUCAUUGCUGGGAGAUGUUGAUUUUUGCGCUGGCCUCAUAUUGUCUACCAAGAAAAAAGAACAUGAAAAGUUUCUGGUCCUCAGGUCCAUGAUUCCUUCCAUCGAGGAGAUAGAUAAAGCAUCCAUCCUUGAUGAUACAAUUCUGUACCUAAGAGAGCUUGAAGCAAGAGUGGAAGAACUAGAAUCUUGCAUGGACUCAACCGACUUUGAGGGGAAAUUUACCAGGAACAAAUUGCCAGACAUGAUAGAGCAGACAUCAGAUAACUGCAAAAAACGCUGGAUAAACAAGAGGAAGGCCUCCAACAUCGAUGAAACCGAUGCCGAACUUGAUAGAAAUGCUCAAGGAGAUGGGCUUCAGACAGAUGUCAAAGUCAACGUAAAGGAGCAGGAAGUAUUGAUCGAGAUGAAAUGUCCCUAUCGGGAGUACUUAUUGCUUGAUAUACUGGAGGCCGUAAACAACCUGCACUUGGAUUCUCAUUCAAUUCAGUCAGCUACACUAGAUGGUGUUCUCACAUUAUCCCUCAAGUCUAAGUUUCGAGGCGCAGCAGUAUCUCCGGCUGGGAUGAUCAGACAAGUCCUUUGGAAGAUUACUGGGAAGUAUUGAGAAGUGCAGUUGUAAUUGAUUGUGUGCUCGGUUAUUCAAGUGGGUAGGCGAUCUCUUUAUGUUUCUGUAAGCGUAUGGUUCGGCUACUUUCAAAACCAAUUCUUGCUAAAUGUUCAGCUUUUAGGAUUUAUAAGAAUUUUCUUGUACUAGUAAUGAAGAACGUUGCUAUUGUAUUGAGGUAAUUCUGCCA